AUGUCCCCAAAUGGGCAGCUUCAGCUAUUCAGUUCAAGCGCCUUGAGUGUGCCAGUCUCAGGCAAGCAAAUUGCAUGCAAUCCCGUGAUCGACUUGACAGCCACGGUCGGCGACGGUAACACGAUCUAUGUCUGGCGUGGCAGCAAUCAGUUGGUCUCGAAGCAUACAGAGCGAAACCAGAAGGUUGAUGCAAUCAGGUGGAAAGAGGAUGGCCAAUUCUUAGCUGCCGGCUGGAGUGACGGCGUGGUGAGGUUGAUCGGCUUGGAAAGCAACAAAGCCGUGCAUCACAUCCGCGUGGCAGGUCAUGGUGGAAAGCCUUCUAAAAUCGAGUUCAUCGCCUGGGCCAGAAACGAAACUGGCAAGCAGUCGCGUGCCAGGAAGCAUAAUGAACUCCCCGACUUGCCGUGGCGGGAUCUCAUGCCCGAUGAGAAGAAGCAUGUUCUGGACCUCCCUCAUGAGUUGACUUUUCUGGAAAUCGAGACUGCUCUCCCCAAAAUUAGUCCUCUUCCUUUGUCGGGAGGCAUCGGGGACGAUAUGUUUGUUUUCUCUACCGCGGCAUCACUCGAGUUCGUGUUCCGCCCUUACCAGCCCGAGGACUCGGACAAUAAUCUCCUUCGAUAUCUGAAGCAGGCACAGUCACAUAUGGUUAGACAUGUGUUUCCUCCGGUGAAGGAGUGGCUCGUCGACAGCCUAGCCGAGAGAGGGCAUAAGCGUUGGGAUAAAGCAGUUGUAAGCGGCCUGCAAAAUCUCAGAAGCCUCGUCCAUGAGAACUUCUUGUCUGCGCUCGAGAGGUGCGGCAUCGUGCUCAGCCGGCUCCUAGGCCUCGCUCGUUUCCACGGCUCGCGUGAGAACAUCGGCUUUACCGCCGCGCAGAUCGAGAAGCUUCUGGACAUGGUCGCGGCGCUGACCUUGGUCUCGUACAAGAUCCUACUGGCGGUCAUGGACGAGCUGGACCACUUCACUUGCUUUUCGUCAUGGCUUCGAAUGGAAAUCGAUAAACUGGCUUCGUCAUUGGCAGCUGCUGAGGAGUUGACCGAGAAAGAGGCGACUAUGGACAACGUCAAGGUCUUGACGUAUAUCCAACGAUAUUUGAUGGGCAGUCCCUUGGCUGUGUAUCUUGGUGAUGUCACCGCGGAAGUGCGCGAGAAGGAUUGGAGAGUUGUUGACAAAAGCGAUGGAACAUCUCUGCUGGAACUGGUUGAUCAGCAGUUGAAGUGUCAGGAGCGUGGUGAGCCUUAUUACAAGGCGUUACCUCAAGUCGAUCAGUUGGUAGACCAUCUCACUAGCAAGUCGGCUAUCGUAUUCAAGGAGAUUGCUGAAGCAGAGAAACGAAGCGUGCGCUUCAACGAGGCUGUGGAGAUAUCUACUGGCGAGAAGAUAUGGAGGCAUGAUAUUCAUCUGUGUUCUCGAUCUAGUGCGGCUGAGUCUGGAGUCCUUACAUUUGUUGCUACACUAACGGAAGGUGACAAGAACAAGAUCUUCAUUGUACGAACCGCUAUUCCGGUCGCCAACGGCGUGAGUGGCACAACUUCUAGCAGUGCAUGUAGUCUGGUCCUUCCCAACGGGGCCAGCGUGGUUGAUAUCAAGUUCUUGGACGACGAGUCUCUGCUCGUGCUAAGCCAGCUCAAAGAUGAGCAAAGCCCUGCACUGGUGAGGAUCGGAUAUCAGUCACCCAACCUAACCUACACAGCAUACGAAGUAGGAGAGAGACCCCAAGCAAUCGAUAUAGGAGGUCCAGAAGUGCCGUGUGUUCCACUUUUCUUUGAUGCGGUUGGCUUUGUGCCCAUCCAAAUGGAAGUCCAACAAGCGAGCAAAACCAGGGGCGAGCUUCCUGCUAGGGUCUGUUUACUAGGACGCGACAGAACGGCCUACAAGACAUAUGCCCUUCCCGACCAGUUUGAGGCAGGUUCCGGGACUUCAGUAUCACCGAUGGUGAGGAAGUCAUGGCAGCAACAAGGAGAGGAGGAAGAUGUGGUGAUGGAGAACAGCCAGUAG